AUGUAUGAUACUGACGACUACAAGUUUGAUCGAUAUAUAGCUGCUCUAAUUGAGAUGGAAGAUGCUAAGAAGCUGUUCAAUGAUUGUUGGAAUACAAAGAAUGAUGCUUUGAAAGAGACUCCGUCUACUACCUCUCAAUGUCAUUUGGACACGAAAGGGAAGUCAAAGGUUGUCUGUGGUGAUGAAAUUGUUUCUCCAAAGGUCAAAAGCAAGUUUGAUAUGGAUCUCGAUAAUUUCUUGAUACCAAAGAAUAAAUUUCGUUUACACGAGUUGUCCAAGAAUUCUCAUAUCACCUAUCGUACGCGUUUAAACGUUUCGAGGAAGAAUGAGUGUGUUGUCAUUGAUAUAAUGAAGCCUUCUGAAAACAUUACUGUUAAAUCAAAGCGUGAGGCUUGCAGAUCCACCACGGCGACGGCUGAUGUUCGCCGUAAACGUACAGUCAAAAGGUUGAAAAACAAUUCAAUUUUAGAGUUCACUAAAGUGGCUGAAAUCAAACUGAACUUAUAUAAUAAAUGCAAAUCAAACAUCGAGGAGAUAAAAGAAUUUGGUAAAUGGCUUCUCGAGAUCGGCGAAGGCAAUGUUGGUGAUUCUAAUGAUUGUAAUUCAAGUAUUGAAAUACCUGACGAUCUUUUAAUAACUGAUGAAAACGAUCCAAUUCAAGAUCGUGACUACUUUUCUGAGAGAGCUAUACUCUCUCCUAAGAACGAAGUUGUUCAUGAGCUAAAUGAUCGGUUGCUGGCAUUGUUUCCUGGUGAAGAAGUAGAGUAUCUUAGCUCUGAUAGUAUAUGCCCUACUGAGGAAAUUAACGAUCCGUUACAUCAAGAUUUAUAUAAUCCUGAUGUGUUAAACAGUGUGAAGGUUUCAGGAUUACCAAAUCAUAGAUUGGUAUUAAAAUUGGGUGUUCCGGUCAUGCUUUUGAGGAAUAUUUAUCAACAAAACGGUCUGUGUAACGGUACACGUCUUCAAAUCACACGUCUUGGUAAACGUGUUAUCGAGGCUGAGAUAUUAUCGGGAGGUAAUGUUGGUUCAAGAACUUACAUCCCAAGAAUUAGCAUGAUACCAUCAGACAAGAAAAUACCCUUCAAGUUUCAACGACGGCAGUUUCCAAUAACUAUAUGUUUUGCGAUGACUAUUAACAAAAUUCAAGCUCAAUCUCUGUCCAGAGUUGGUCUAUACUUGAAAGACCCCGUUUUCUCACAUGGUCAGCUUUACGUUGCGUUGUCGAGAGUAAAGACCAAAGAUGGUGUGAAGCUUUUAAUAUUUGACAAAGAUGGGAGGCCAACAAAUAAAACUGCAAACGUUGUUUACAAAGAAAUAUUUGGGAAAUUGUAA